AUGGCAAGCAUAGAUCCCAACGGCGUCCGGGAGAGAGAUCCCCCAGCCAGAAACAACUCCAAGGCGAGCAACAAAAAGGACUUCAAAAUACUCAUGUUGCACGGCUACACUCAAUCCGGCCCCCUCUUCCGCUCCAAGACCCGCGCCCUCGAGAAACUCCUCGCCAAAGCCCUCUCCCCCCUAAACAUCACCCUAACCUGCCUCUACCCAACCGCCCCCCUCCGCCUCAACGCCCGCGACAUCCCAGGCUACGUACCCCCAGGAAGCGGAAGCGGCGACGACGACGACAGCAGCCGCCACCACCCAGCCGAAGAAACCGACCCAGACGCCUGGGCCUGGUUCCGCCGCCGCGACGGCCCGGGCCCGGACCCGGAAAUCACCUACGCAGGCAUCGACGACGGCAUGCGCGCCCUCGCCUCCACCAUCCGCGACGCGGGCGGCGUAGACGGCGUCGUGGGCUUCAGCCAAGGCGGCGCCAUGGCCGCCCUCGUCGCCUCCGCCCUCGACGACGCCCCGCACGGUGACCGCGUCCCCCCCGCCCCCCACGCCGGCUGGGCCGCCGCCCUGCGCGACGCGAACGGCGACCGGCCCCUCCGCUUCGCUGCCGUCUAUUCCGGCUUCUUCGCCACGGACCCGUCGCUGGCUUGGUGCUACGACCCGCCUAUCCGCACCCCGACUGUGCACUUUCUCGGGAGCCUGGACACGGUCGUUGAGGAAGGGAGGAGCCGCGCCCUCAUAGACCGUUGUGUUGAUCCUGUUGUCGUUGUUCAUCCUGGGGGCCACUACGUGCCCAUCUCGAAAGAGUGGGCCAUGGCCUUGGCUGGUUUUGUGAAACAGUAUGCGCAGGACGAGACGAAAGCGGCUCUAUAG